AUGGGUGACCCCAAGUGGACCGGCGUAGGGGUUCGCAAGACCUUUCUUGAAUUCUUCGAGAAUAGAGGACACAAGAUAGUGCCCUCAUCGUCUGUUGUCCCUCACAAUGACCCCACCUUGCUCUUUACCAAUGCGGGCAUGAAUCAGUUCAAGCCCAUAUUCCUCGGAACCAUUGCGAGUACGGAUGAUAUGUCCAAGGUGAAGCGUGCCGUCGAUACUCAAAAGUGUAUACGCGCUGGUGGCAAGCAUAAUGAUCUCGACGAUGUCGGCAAAGACAGUUAUCAUCAUACAUUCUUCGAGAUGUUGGGUAACUGGUCCUUCGGUGAUUAUUUCAAGAAAGAAGCGAUCGAGUGGUCAUGGGAACUCCUGACCAAGGUUUACGGACUGGAUCCCUCGAGACUUUACGUCACCUACUUCGAAGGCAACCCUGCCAUGGACCUCCCACCCGACCUAGAGGCGAAGGAUUUAUGGAAGUCUGUUGGCGUGCUGGAAGAUCACAUAUUACCGGGUAACAUGAAAGACAACUUCUGGGAGAUGGGCGACCAAGGCCCCUGCGGUCCUUGCUCGGAGGUUCACUACGACAAAGUUGGUGGCCGCAAUGCCGCGCACUUAGUCAACCAAGACGACCCCUUAGUAGUGGAGAUCUGGAAUAACGUUUUCAUCCAAUUCGACCGCCAAAAGGAUGGCUCGCUCAAGUCCCUACCCGCCAAGCACGUCGACACAGGAAUGGGUUUUGAGCGAUUAGUAUCGGCGCUUCAGAACAAGAACUCUAACUAUGCGACUGACAUCUUCGCCCCGCUCUUCGACAAGAUCCAGGAAGUCACGGGAGCACGACCAUACACUGACAAGUAUGGAAAAGACGAUGCGGAUGGUAUCGACACCGCUUACCGUGUGGUUGCUGACCACAUACGAUUGCUCGCUUUUUCCAUCUCUGACGGAGCUGCGCCCAACAACGAGGGAAGAGGUUACGUCGUUCGUCGUGUGUUGCGCCGAGGUUCACGCUAUGCUAGAAAAUAUUUCAACGCCGAGAUUGGUACCUUCUUUUCCAGGAUCCUACCUGCGCUUGUAGAUCAGAUGGGCGAGCAAUUCCCGGAGCUCGUUAAGAAGCAGCAAGAUAUCAAGGAGAUAUUGGAUGAGGAAGAAGAAGCAUUCGCCCGAACAUUGGAUCGUGGAGAGAAACAGUUUGAAAAAUAUGCGGCUCAGGCGGUCAACAGCGGAACAAAAAAGCUCUCGGGAGCGGAUGUUUGGAGAUUGUACGAUACCUUUGGUUUCCCGGAAGACCUUACCAAGCUUAUGGCUGAAGAGCGAGGCCUCGAAACCGACGAGGACGAAAUCGCGGUCGCAAGGGAGAAGGCUCGCGAGGCUAGCAAAGCAGUUAAGGAAACAGUACAAACAUUCGCCAAAUUGAACGUACAUCAAAUUGCCGAGUUAAAGGACACACUACAAAUACCCGUUCCCGACGACAGUCCCAAGUUCCUCAAGGGCGAUACGACUGGAAAGGUCCAGCUUAUUUACACUGGAACGGAUUUCGUCAAGUCAACAAAGGACCUUCCACCGAAUACGCCUUUUGGACUAUUACUUGACCGAACUAACUUCUAUGCUGAGCAAGGUGGACAGGUUGCUGACACGGGAAGAAUUGUUAUCGACGAUGUUGCCGAGUUUGAUGUUCACGAUGUUCAGCAGUUCGGAGGAUAUAUAAUUCAUAAUGGUUUCCUGAAGUACGGAGAGCUCAAAGCCGGCGAUAAGGUUAUCUGCGAAUAUGAUGAGCUGAGGAGACAACCUAUCCGCAACAAUCAUACGGGAACGCAUAUCCUCAACCAUUCUCUACGGGAAGUCCUAGGCGACGAGGUCAACCAGAAGGGUUCGCUUGUCGACCAGGACAAACUCCGGUUCGACUUCUCGCACAAGGCGGCGGUCACUCUGCCUGAACUGAAAAAGAUCGAGCACUUGUCGAACGAGUACAUCCGGCAAAACUGCAAGAUCUAUUCCAAAGACGUUGAACUCGACGUUGCGAAGAAGAUCAACGGUGUUCGCGCCGUAUUCGGCGAGACGUAUCCUAACCCGGUGCGAGUAGUCUCGGUUGGUAUUGACGUUGACAUGCUACUCGAAGCACCCGAGAAUCCCGACUGGCGAAAAGUCAGUGUUGAAUUCUGCGGUGGUACACAUGUCGACCAGACCGGUUAUAUCAAGGACCUUAUAAUCGUCGAAGAAAGCGGUAUCGCGAAGGGUAUCCGCCGUAUCGUCGCUUUCACGGGAAACGCCGCGCAUCGUGUGCAGCGCGAGGCCGAAGAGUUCUCCAAGCGCAUCUCCGCCAUUGAUGCUCUACCGUUCGGCCCCGAGAAGGAGGCUGAAGUGAAGCAGUCCACUGUCGAUCUCAACCAGCUCGUCGUCUCGACCCUCACCAAAGAAGAAUUAAAGACGCGGUUCGCUAAGGUCGUCAAAUCUGUUGUAGACGAGCAGAAAAAGCGACAGAAGGCCGAGAGCAAGACUGCGCUCGACACCGUCGCCGCGCACUUUGCUAAGGACGAGAAUAAGGAGGCUAAGCACUUUAUCGGACACCUGCCUAUCUCGGCCAAUGCGAAGGCCGUCGCUGAUGUGGUGAACCACUUCAAGAGCAAGGAUAAGGAUAGGUCUGUGUACGUGUUCGGCGGCAGCCAGGCUGAGGGUGCUGUUGUGCACGGUGUAUACGUGGGAACGCAUUUCGCGUCCCAAGGCGUCACGGCCGAAAGCUGGGCCCAGGCUGUCAGCCAAGUCGUCGGCGGCAAGUCAGGCGGCAGGGAACCCACCCGCCAGGGCCAGGGCACGAACGCGGAUAAGAUCGAGGAGGCAGUCGCUGUUGCCGAGAAGUGGCUCGCUGAGAAAUUGAAGAUCUGA